CUCAUCAUCUCCACCCAUCUCGUUAUCUAUUCAGAUUUCGCACUCUUCACUCUGCAAUAAGACAUUCUGAGAUUGGAAUUGGAAGAGAGAAACUCUGCUUGUGUGUGUAAAGAAGAGAAAUUUGGGCAAAUUAGCAACACCCAUGAUGAUUAUAACAGCGACGACAUCCAUGACCUCUCAGUUCGGGGCUUUCAAAUCCCUGCCGCCAGUUUGCUCCUCUAUUCGCAACUUACCCAUCAAAUCCAUCGGCAUAGUUCGAUUUUCUCAAUUUACCAAGAAAACCCAGACCUUUAAUCUCAGUUCCUCUCGGAGCAUUUCUAGAAUUUCCCCUCUUCUUCCUAGGACGGUUUCGUCUGAUUCCUCUUUGACGCAAAAGGCCCCAUCUUUCUCCGUAGUUGCUCACAAAGGCUACAAAAUGAAAACCCACAAGGCUUCAGCCAAACGAUUUAGAGUGACAGGUACUGGGAAAAUCAUGAGGAGGCGAGCUGGGAAACAACAUUUACUCAGGAAGAAGAAUACCAAGAGAAGAGUCAGACUUUCUAAGAUGCUACAAGUUGACCGGAGUGACUACAACAAUGUCAUUGGCGCCUUGCCAUAUCUAAAGGUGAACCGAGCGAACUAGAACUAGGGAUGGCCAUUGUUUUUUUCUUUCUAAGAAUUGAAAUGUAAAUCAUGCCAACCCUGGCUGUAAUUUUCAGGCUUCUGAUCAACUUAUGUCUAUUUAGAUUUUUCACCCCAAAUGUUGAUUAUGAUAAUUUGUAACCACA